CUAGAAGUUCAAAAUUCUCGCUCUAGAGCUGCGGAAAGUUUCGUCACUCUCAAACUGGUCUUAUUAAGGCCUUAGGGAAAUCUUGUUCGAGAUCUGCUCUUAGAAGUUAGAACUGGAGAAGUGUACAAAUUCUUGAUAGUGUACCUUAAGAAUUGUCCUGCUUCGGCGGAAAACUCCAUUUGAGCUUUUGCUCGUUUGUUUAGUUACAGUAGCAGCGUUAAACGAUGUCGACGAUCCUUCAUCAAAGACAACAGCAACAACUCUUGGCAAAUCCCUACCCGAUUUCACCUCGUUCUCCUAGUGGUCACCAAAGAUCUCUCUCUCUUUUUGGCCGUACUGGUCUGCUCGUUUUGUUGUCUCUUAUGGUAGUUCUAGGAGUUCUGUUUCCAUGGAUGCGUAUGUCAGAGAGCCUUUUUUCAGGCAGUGAGGCAUCCGUUUCAAAAUGGCGGGACUACACGCUUGCUGAAGCAGUUUCUUUCGUGGCAAAGAAUGGAACCGUUAUAGUCUGUGCCGUGAGUCAACCUUAUCUUCCUUUUCUAAAUAACUGGUUGAUUAGCAUCUCCAGGCAGAAGCAUCAGGAGAAGGUCCUUGUCAUUGCUGAGGACUAUGCCACUCUUUACAAGGUGAAUCAGAAGUGGCCUGGUCAUGCUGUACUUAUCCCCCCUGCACCCGAUGCUCAGACUGCCCAUAAAUUUGGUUCUCAGGGAUUCUUCAAUUUUACAUCCCGCAGACCUCGCCACCUGCUGCAUAUUUUGGAGCUUGGGUGUAAUGUUAUGUACAAUGAUGUUGAUAUGGUCUGGCUGGCAGAUCCAUUUCCCUAUCUUGAAGGGUAUCAUGAUGUUUAUUUCACAGAUGACAUGACUGCAGUGAAACCUUUGAACCAUCCUCAUGAAUUGCCAGCUCCUGGGAAGAAAGGGCGUACUUACAUUUGCAGCUGUAUGAUUUUCAUGCACCCAACUAAUGGAGCCAAACAAGUUAUGAGAAAGUGGAUUGAAGAACUUCAAGAUCAGCCGUGGUCAAAAACAAGAAAGUCCAAUGAUCAGCCAGCAUUCAACUGGGCUUUAAACAGAACUGCUGGGCAGGUGGAUCUGUAUCUGUUACCUCAGGUUGCAUUCCCAUCAGGGGGUUUAUAUUUCAAGAACCAGACAUGGGUACAACAAACCAAAGGAUUGCAAGCCAUUGUUCACAAUAAUUACAUCACAGGUUUUGAGAAGAAGAUAAAGCGGUUUCAUGAUUUUGGGCUCUGGCUGGUGGAUGACCAUUCCAUGGAGUCACCACUUGGUAGACUAUGAUGAACCAUCCACAGCAUAAUUUUUUGAUCUUUACAGAUCCGAGUUGUUUGCGGAAAAAAAUUAUCGACAUUAUUUUGAAGUUCAGCUACCUCAUUCCGGGGAACCCACUGCAUUUAGUGUCGGAGUAAUCCAUGAGGGUCCCAGACAAAUGCCAGCACCUCCGCCUCCCUGGAUUUCUUACUUGUAGAGAUGCGAUGGUUGAUGCAAUUCGAGAAAUGCAACGGAAGUUCUCAACUGUAAAUGUUUACAAUUUUCCAUCAAACCUUUGAAGGAAGCUCAUUGUGGGGAGA